CAGGACCUACUUACGAGGAUGCCGAUUGGAGUGGGUGAACGACGAGGGGGAGUUUAUUUUUUCCGGGGUCUGGAUCGAGCUCAGGCAUGUGCAGUGGGAGGUUCAGACUCAGAUGGCUUAUGGCACUCAAGGUUGGGACAUCCGUCAGUAAAAGUACUUCGUUUGCUUGGUUAUUUGAAUAAUUCGUUGUUGCAUUCUGUUGAAAAUAAAGUUUGUGAUGCUUGUAUGAGAGGCAAGCAAACACGUGAUAGUUUUGUUGUCAGUAGUGCUAGAGCUGUUGAACCUUUUGAAUUGAUUCAUUGUGAUAUUUGGGGACCUUAUCGUGUUGUGUCUACUUG